AUGCCAGAGACAACGCCAUACUGGCAGGUCAACGUUCCCACGGAUCAAAGGUCUGCCGAUUGUCCGGAUUUCCUGAAAGACGCAAAUGAGAAGGAUCAGAAGAUCCUAGCAACUCCAGAUUCCGAGUUCCGUCGUCUGUCAUGGCACGAGGUUCAAGAAUUCAUACGGACGAAUCGUAUCGAUCUGUUCCAGCGGGUCCCGAGCGACCUGCGCCGCUACAAGGCUUAUACCGCGAAGCUCAAGCAGGAAUUCGGCUCGGUUAUGAACUUUGUCAUGGCCGAGAGAUUGAGAUGGCAAGAUCUAGUGCCUCAAGGCGAGCCCUUCAGCAACCCAGACGACAUCAAGAUCUUGCUCAACGACUGGCCUUACGGAAUUGAUACAAGAAUCGUACAUCUAGUCGUAUGGGUCAAGUUCCAACUGGAAGAAGACACCAUCACCGGCGACCUGACCGAUUCAGCCAGACAGCAGAUCGAUUCCUACGUCAACCAGACAUUCCGAGACCACGUUGGCACCGCAAAUUGCAUCUGGUUCAAGAACUGGGCUUCCCUCAAAUCCAUACAUGCUGUGGAGCAUUUUCAUGUUAUGCUGUUUAACACGGAUGCCAAGUUUGUGGCAGACGUCACAAAUGGUGAUGUAGCACUGUUGGACAAGAUUAAGAUCAGCGACGUUUGA